UGGCUGGGAGACCCCGCGCCUCCAGUGAGAGGUGAAUCCAAGAUGGCGGCCGCGCAGUGACUGAGGCGGAGACAGAGGCGGUGGGAGCAGGGUUGGACGGGCCGCGCCGCGCCGCUGCCGUUCUCCCCCUCGGCAGAGCCGGGCCGAGCGCCUCUCUGCCGCCGGGUGCCCGGAGCGCGGCCACGCCGCGGGGCGCGCUGAGGAGUCGGGACUGAGCCGCCGCAGCUGCACCGGGAGGAGGAAGAGGAGGAGGAAGAAGAACAUGGCGGCGGCGUCGGGCUGGGAUUGAAGCCGCCGCCUGCGACCGGAGCCCAUGGGGGAGCCGGGGCGCUGAGCCCGUCUGCCCGCCUCAUCCCGCCCCGGGCCAGCAGCACCCGCCGGUCCCGGCCCCGCGGGAAGGAGGGCGGCUCCGCGGCGCCCCGCGCUGACGGACGCGAGCGAGGGGCUCCGGGCCUGGGCGGCCGCUGCACAAAGAGCCGCACUCAGGCCGGGGCGGGCGGCCCCGCUCCCGCCCGCCUUUCCCGCCCGCCUCAGCCUGGCCUCAGCGCUUCCUGCUCGGGUCCCGGCCUGCCGGGCCGCUCGCCGCUGUCAGCCCGGGCCGGCUGCCGUCUGCCGCUGCUUCCACUGCCCCGGAUCCGCGUCUUCUCCAGGUUCCGUCCCUCGCCGCCUCUCGUUGCGGAGCCCUGCCCGCCCUUUGUCGGCCUGACCCGGAGCAGCGCCUCUCCCCGUCGUUCUCCGCGCCCCAGCCCUCCGCCUCCGCGGAUAUGAGGAUCUCAUCGGAGCGCUGAGGAGCGGGACGAGGAGCUUUCCUGGCGCGGCCGCGUGGGGCUGCCGCCCUCUUUCCCGCUCCCCCCGUGAGGGGGCCCGGCCCCCGGCCGCCCGCACGCUCCCUCAGCUUUCGCGAAGCAGCGCGGUGGCCGUGGUGCCGGCGGCACGAUGACUGACACCCGGCGUAGGGUGAAGGUUUACACGCUGAACGAGGACCGGCAGUGGGACGACCGAGGCACGGGGCAUGUGUCCUCCUGCUACGUGGAGCGGCUGAAGGGCAUGUCCCUGCUAGUCAGGGCGGAGAGCGAUGGUUCUCUUCUUUUGGAGUCCAAAAUUAACCCGAAUACAGCGUACCAGAAGCAACAGGAUACCUUGAUUGUGUGGUCUGAAGCUGAAAACUAUGAUUUGGCACUUAGCUUUCAAGAAAAAGCAGGAUGUGAUGAAAUAUGGGAAAAAAUAUGUCAGGUUCAAGGCAAAGACCCCUCUGUCGAUAUUACUCAGGACCUUGUCGAUGAAUCUGAGGAAGAACGUUUUGAUGAUAUGUCAUCCCCAGGUCUUGAAUUGCCAUCUUGUGAAUUAAGUCGACUAGAAGAGAUUGCAGAACUUGUGGCAUCUUCACUGCCUUCACCGUUACGCCGUGAAAAACUCGCGCUAGCACUGGAAAAUGAGGGCUAUAUUAAGAAGCUCUUAGAAAUUUUUCAUGUGUGCGAAGACUUGGAGAACAUUGAAGGACUACACCACUUAUAUGAAAUUAUCAAGGGAAUCUUCCUUUUGAACAGAACUGCACUUUUUGAAGUCAUGUUUUCCGAGGAAUGUAUAAUGGACGUAAUUGGAUGCCUAGAAUACGAUCCGUCUUUAUCACAGUCACGGAAACACAGGGAAUUUCUGACUAAAACAGCAAAAUUUAAAGAGGUGAUUCCUAUAUCUGAUCCAGAGUUGAAGCAAAAAAUACAUCAGACGUACAGAGUACAGUAUAUUCAAGAUAUGGUCCUACCCACUCCCUCAGUUUUUGAGGAAAAUAUGCUAUCAACACUUCAUUCUUUCAUCUUUUUUAAUAAAGUGGAAAUAGUUGGUAUGUUACAGGAAGAUGAAAAAUUUCUGACGGACUUGUUUGCACAACUAACAGAUGAAGCCACAGAUGAGGAGAAAAGACAGGAAUUGGUAAAUUUUCUGAAAGAGUUUUGUGCAUUUUCUCAAACACUGCAACCUCAAAACAGAGAUGCGUUUUUCAAAACCUUGUCAAAUAUGGGCAUACUGCCAGCACUAGAAGUCAUACUGGGUAUGGAUGAUGCACAAGUACGAAGUGCAGCCACAGAUAUAUUCUCAUAUUUAGUUGAAUACAACCCAUCCAUGGUACGAGAGUUUGUCAUGCAGGAAGCUCAGCAGAACGAUGAUGAUAUACUACUCAUUAACCUCAUAAUAGAACACAUGAUUUGUGACUCAGAUCCAGAACUUGGAGGGGCAGUGCUACUAAUGGGUUUGCUUCGUACCUUAGUUGAUCCAGAAAAUAUGCUUGCUACUGCCAAUAAAACAGAAAAGACGGAGUUCUUGGGUUUCUUCUACAAACACUGUAUGCAUGUUCUGACAGCCCCCUUAUUGGCCAAUACUACAGAGGACAAGCCUAGCAAAGAUGAUUUUCAGACAGCCCAACUCUUGGCACUAAUACUGGAAUUGCUAACUUUCUGCGUAGAACAUCAUACUUACCACAUAAAGAACUACAUCAUUAACAAAGAUAUCCUGCGAAGGGUACUUGUUCUCAUGGCCUCAAAGCAUGCUUUCUUGGCAUUGUGUGCCCUUCGUUUCAAGAGAAAAAUAAUUGGACUGAAGGAUGAAUUCUACAACCGCUACAUAAUGAAAAGUUUUUUGUUUGAACCCGUGGUCAAAGCAUUUCUGAAUAAUGGUUCCCGUUAUAAUUUGAUGAACUCUGCCAUAAUAGAGAUGUUUGAGUUUAUCAGAGUGGAAGAUAUAAAAUCUUUAACGGCUCACGUGAUUGAAAAUUAUUGGAAAGCACUGGAAGAUGUAGAUUAUGUGCAGACAUUCAAAGGACUGAAACUACGAUUUGAGCAACAAAGGGAAAGACAAGAUAAUCCAAAACUUGAUAGCAUGCGCUCCAUUUUGAGAAACCAUAGAUACAGGAGGGAUGCAAGAACCCUGGAGGAUGAGGAGGAGAUGUGGUUUAAUACUGAUGAAGAUGAUAUGGAAGAUGGAGAGGCAGUGGUGCCCCCUUCUGACAAAACUAAGAAUGACGAAGAUAUUAUGGACCCUAUAAGUAAAUUCAUGGAGAGGAAAAAAUUAAAAGAGAGUGAAGAAAAGGAAGUUCUUCUGAAAACUAACCUUUCGGGUCGUCAGAGCCCAAGUUUCAAGCUUUCCUUUUCCAGUGGGACAAAAUCUAAUCUUACCAGUCAGUCAUCUGCAAGUAAUCUGCCUGGAUCUCCAGGUUCUCCUGGAUCUCCAGGAUCCCCUGGGUCUCCAGGAUCAGUUUCUAAAAGCACAUCUCAGAUGGCAGCUAUUACAACUAAGGGAGGCCUCGUUGGGCUUGUAGAUUAUCCUGAUGAUGAUGAGGAGGAUGAUGAAGAUGAAGAUAAGGAGGAAACUUUACCUUUGUCAAAGAAAGCAAAGCUUGAGUCAUCAUAAUGGCAACUGCUGAAGAACAUUACCAUUUGGGGGAAGGAUAUUUUUUCCAUAGAAAACAAACCCACAACAAAGCAGCAAUCUUUUGUGAAUUACUGUGUGUAACACAGAUCAACCUAUACAAAUGGAUUUCUGCCAAUCAAGUGCCAAUUGAAAGGAGCAGAAGAAGGGGAAAUACUUCGUUUAGGGGAAAGACUUACGCCUUUGAGCUCUCCAGCUUGGACCACGUGUUGCCCUUUUCUCAGGGAAGGAAAUGGAAAACAAAAACAAAAAAGCCAACAGGGCAGGAGUUUUGUUAGUGGAACUCUGGAUUGGCUGGUCAGUUGCUACAAUCAGAAUAUGCUUUCUUGGACCAUACAUGAGACUUCUGAAGAAAAGGUGGUUUUUGCCAUAAUUCUUCACUAGUUAAGAAUGCCAGCAGUUUCUUUGUAUAAAAGAGACCUGCCUUUGAAAUCGUACAUUCUGAACAUUUUAGUCAAGCUACAACAGGUUUUAAAAACCUCUGUGGGGGAGGGCUGAAUAUAAAGUUUCCUCUUUUGUUUUUUUUUUUUUAAAUCUGUUCCCUUUGCCCUUUAAACUGCAGAUUUUUUUUUUGGAGGUGGGGGAUUUGUUUGUCCCUUCUUGAUUAAAGAUUGAGUGGAAUUCUAGAUGUGGUCACUUUUGUGUCAUAAUUUUUUUGACCCCCUGAGUGUAUGCUUAGUUGUUGAGUAUAUAUUUGGGACCAUUAAAAUUUUUUGAUGUAAUAUAA